AAUGUAUUUUACAUGCUUGGCACUCAGCAGGGUCUGUUCCUUUAAGACCCUCCAUUUUCUUGAAGCCUAGAGGCGGGCCUUCUCUCUAAAACAUAGGGCUAGCUCCGGCAUGUCUCAUUCAUUUCAGCUCCAGCCACCACAGUGACCAGAUCCACAGGACUUCUUAAAGCUAAUACAGACUGCAAAUCUGAUAAAUACCAAAGCCUUUUUACCGCGCACUUUCAUUAUAUCUCAGUAAAGAUUACAUCAGUUAAGCAAACCAGCGUGUCUUUCCUUGAGAUUCGGUAUAAACUUGAUGUGAAGCUGUGUCCACGAGACAGCGGAGACAUUAUAGUAAAAAGGCUUUUAAAACGUUAUCAGAAGCAGUUAAUCAGCUUUGAAUCGUCCGCAGCAGUAAAAAAGACUCAUAAAUCCUGUGCCCUGCAGUCUGUGUCGGAGUAAGGGCGCGAAGCACUAGAAAGUGAAACUAAUUCUCUCACGUGCUAUAUCACCGCUGUGCUGUGUCCAGUCAUCAUCAUUAUCUACGCUGCCAGCUAAAUCAAGAUGCAGAACCCAGAGAACAGCACUCUGACAGUUAACCCUCAAUGCUCCUAUAAAGAGGAAGACACCUUCCCAAGAAGUAGAUCUAGGUGCACAACAUUGUCUAGAGCGUCCAGUCAAACAAAUCUAACUUCGGUUAGCGCCGAUGCAUCAAGAUUUAAACGCCAUAGUUCUAGACACUCAAGCACCACCAGCCUGUCAUCCGCUAGCGCCAUAGCAACUAAGGCAAGAGCGAAAGCAGAGGCAGCUUGUGCAAUGGCGUCCUAUGCAAAGCAGGAAGCUGAAUUGAUGAAAGAACAAGCUGAAGUGCAAGCAUCUUUACACUUACUGCAACAGCAGAAAAACGCUGCAGCAGCCUUAGCCGAGGCAGAAGUUCUCACAAGGGCUGCCGAAGCUCAGUUCGCUGACAUAGAAACCCAGAUGUCACCCCUCAGCGCAAGCCAACGUACCCGUGAGUACAUACAGUCACAAGCAACCAUGUACACUGACCAGCAGUUCAAUUAUGCACCAAGACCAUCAAUAAGCAACUUUGAUACUAUGCAACACUGCAAGACUGAAUUAGAACCUCAGGGUAGGAAGUCAAGUGGUUGCAUGCUCAGAGACCAAUCUGCCAACCUGACAAGAGUGCAAACGGAUGCUGAUGUACUCCCUCCUCAAGCAAAUACAAGUCUGGAUUAUAGCAGAAAGACUUACAACAGAGGAGAACAAAGCAGACUUAGUCAAGUACCUCAUCAGCCUUACCAGCCGCAGCCAUACCCUGAGUUUACACCCAGGAAGUAUUCACCAGAUGCAGCAAGAGCUACAGAGGUAGCAAGAUUCCUGAUGCGCCGUGAGAUAGUGAGCGCUGGUCUCAUGAAAUUCGAUGACCGUCCAGAAAACUACUGGGCCUGGAAGUCAUCUUUCCUAAGCGGUACCCAAGACUUAGAUCUGACAGACAGAGAAAAGCUUGAUCUGCUCGUCAAAUGGCUAGGAACAGAGUCCACUGAGCAAGCCCAAAGAAUCAGAUCAGUACAUGUUCAUGACGCAGCAGCAGGACUUGCAAUGGUGUGGAGGAGACUAGAACACUGCUAUGGGUCACCUGAAGUGAUUGAAGAUGCUCUUCUGAAGAGGAUAGAAAACUAUCCAAGAAUGACAAACAAAGACAAUCAAAAGCUGAGAGGGUUUGGGGACCUACUCUUAGAAAUAGAAGCCGCUAAGUCUAGUGGAUAUCUGCCAGGUCUCUCAUACUUAGAUACAGCACGUGGAGUUGAUCCCAUAAUCGAGAAACUUCCUUUCAACUUGCAAGAAAGGUGGGUCACUCAAGCAUCAAGAUACAAGAAAGAUCAUCGAGUCGCAUUUCCACCAUUUGCCUUCCUUGCUGAAUUCAUCGUAGACCAAGCUGAAACACGCAAUGAUCCAAGCUUUGCUUUCCUGAACAAGAGAACUGCAAGCUCCCCAAAGGUAGAGCAAAAACAUCCAACGCCUUACAAAGAACGCAGAGCAACAGUUUCUGUACGGAAGACAGAAGUCUCGCCUGAGUCUGCAGUCAAUCAGGAAGACAACACAAGUAAGAAAGUUGAGGAGCCAGACAAAAUAUGUCUUAUCCACAACAAGCCUCAUCCACUAAGAAAAUGUCGCAGUUUCAGAAGUAAGACAUUAGAAGAGCGCAAAGCUUACCUUAAAGACAAUCACAUUUGUUUCAGAUGUUGCGCUUCAAUUCAGCAUCUUGCAAAAGACUGUACAAAAACAAUAAAAUGCACAGAGUGCAACAGUGACAAACACCUGUCAGCACUGCACCCAGGACCACCACCAUGGAAACAAGAAGUUCCAGCAACUCAAGAAGAUCAUGGUGGGGAGCAAGGCGAGAGUACAACGCCAGCAGUAACCUCAAAGUGUACUGAGAUCUGUACAGAGCAGGGCCGCCCCAGAUCAUGUUCCAAGAUAUGCUUAGUCAAGGUGUAUCCUGCAGGCUUCAGAGAAAAAGCAAUCAAGAUGUACACAGUCUUGGAUGAACAGAGUAACAGAUCUCUGGCAAAAACAGAGUUCUUUGACCUCUUCGGUGACAAAGGAAGUCCAACUCCAUACACCCUGAAGACUUGUUCUGGAGUUGUAGAGACAACAGGGAGAAGAGCAAACAACUACAUCAUUGAGUCAUUAGAUGGAAAGACAAAGGUGACUCUUCCUACCCUCAUAGAAUGUGAUGAGAUACCAGACGACAGGUCAGAGAUCCCCACACCUGAAGUUGCUCGUCAUCACCCCCAUCUGGUGCGAAUAGCAGACCAGAUACCAGCACUAGAUCCAGAUGCUGCAAUCAUCCUUCUACUUGGGAGAGAUAUCCUCAGACUGCACAAAGUCAGAGAACAGUACAAUGGGCCACACAAUGCACCAUUUGCACAACGCCUUGAUCUCGGAUGGGUCAUCGUUGGAGAAGUAUGUCUAGACGGACUCCACAAACCAGAAAAGGUAAAUGUCUACAGAACACAUCUGUUACAGAAUGGUCGUACAUCUUGUCUUUGCCCAUGUACCAACAGUCUACACAUUAAAGAGAGACUUGUAAACCCAACACAUCAUCGGAGUAUCCAGAGGUGCAUGGAAGACUUAGCCUCAACUGGAGAUACAGAUGAACUGGGCUGUAAGGUGUUUGAAAGAACACGAGAUGACGACAAGCUAGCACCCUCGGUGGAAGAUACUCUCUUCCUUGAGAUUAUGGACAGGGAAGUCUUCAGAGACAAAUCAGGCAGCUGGGUAGCCCCUCUACCCUUCCGGUCACCACGCCAUCGCCUUCCUGACAACAAGGUACAAGCAGAGAAACGCUUCACCUCGUUGCAGCACAUGCUACAAAGAAAGCCAAAUAUGAAGAAACACUUCCAAGCCUUCAUGCAGAAGAUCUUUGAUAACGAUCAAGCUGAAAAGGCACCACCACUACAAGAGAACCAAGAACACUGGUACUUACCAAUAUUUGGGGUGUACCAUCCUCAGAAACCAGGCCAGAUACGGGUAGUAUUUGACUCUAGUGCGAAGCACAAAGGCCUCUCACUAAAUUAUGUCCUUCUCAGCGGACCGGACCUGAACAAUACACUCCUUGGAGUACUCAUCAGGUUCAGAAAAGAACUCGUAGCAGUGACAGCAGACGUACAACAGAUGUUCUACUGUUUCCUUGUUCGUGAAGAUCACAGAGACUACUUAAGGUUCCUGUGGUAUGCAGACAAUGACUUUAACAAAGAAAUCACAGAGUACAGGAUGAAGGUACAUGUGUUUGGAAACAGCCCUUCUCCAGCUGUAGCUAUCUACAACCUGAGACGAGCAGCACAACAAGGUGAAAGACAUGGUCAAGAAGCCACACAGUUCGUCAUGAAGAACUUCUACGUAGAUGAUGGACUUGCUUCUUUCUCCAGCAACGAAGAAGCUAUCAACGUCCUGAAAAGUACAAGAGAAAUGUUGGCAGAAUCCAACAUAAGACUGAACAAGGUAGCUUCCAACAGCAACAGAGUCAUGGAAGCAUUUCCAAUGGAAGACCGUGCUAAAGACCUCAAAGACUUGGAUCUAGGAACAGAAUCACCACCCUUGCAAAGAAGUCUUGGGAUUAGUUGGGACCUGAAGACUGACAGUUUCACCUUCAGGGUCUCCAGAGAAGAGAAGCCAUUCACAAAAAGAGGUGUCCUAUCUACAGUCAACAGUCUUUACGACCCCCUGGGGUUCGUAGCACCCAUCAUCAUGCAAGGUAAAGCUCUUUUGAGACAGAUCACUACUGAGCAAGAACAAAGUGACUGGGACAUACCUCUACCUGAAGAGAAGGAAAUGCAGUGGAAGUUGUGGAAAGACUCAUUGUUAGAGCUUGAACAACUCAACAUCCCUAGACCAUACGUAUCUGUUUCCUUGUCUGCUACAAAGAGAAGAGAAAUAUGCAUAUUCUCUGACGCCUCCACUAUGGCUAUCGCAUCUGUCGCCUACCUUAGGGUAAUAGACACUGAGGGACAAAGCCAUGUCGGGUUCAUCAUGGGAAAAUCUAAGCUGGCUCCUAGACCCGCUCACACUGUCCCACGUCUAGAACUUUGUGCUGCUGUCUUAGCUGUAGAGAUGGCAGACAUGAUUACAACAGAACUGGACAUCGAGAUCCAUACAAUUAACUUUUAUACAGACAGCAAGAUUGUGUUAGGAUAUAUUCACAAUGCUUCAAGAAGAUUUUAUACAUACGUGGCCAACAGAGUGACACGUAUCAGAAAGUCUACAAGUCCAGAACAGUGGCAUCACAUCAGCACAGACAAGAACCCAGCUGAUCAUGGGACGAGACUAGUGCCAGCCGCUGCGCUCAAGCAAACUAACUGGUUCGUAGGUCCAUCCUUUCUUCGUAAACCAGAAACCAAAGAAACUACUCAGGUAGAGACCUUUCAGCUCAUAGAACCAGAUCAAGACAAAGAGGUAAGACCUCAAGUGACAGUUUGUAGGACUAUAGUUACAAGAGACAGUCUGGGCGCUCAUAGAUUUGAAAGGUUUUCCAGCUGGAAGUCGCUGACCCGUGCAAUCGGAAAACUUAAGGUCACGAUCAUCAGAUGCAUCCAGCAGGAAGUCUUUAAAGAAGAAAUCCAAGGCCUUCUGAAAACGGAAGAGAUUUCUCAACACAAUUCGCUCAAGGACUUGUACACCAAGCAAAGGAAACAAGUUCAAAGUCUUGCGGACAUUUUCUGGAAGAGGUGGAGACAGGAAUACCUGGUGAUAUUCCAGCCACGCAAGAAAUGGCAAGAUGACAAGCCCAAUUUACAAGUUGGAGACUUUGUCCUACUGAAAGACUCUCAGGCCCACAGGAACGAGUGGCCUAUUGGACUCAUUGUGGGGACUGAUCCUAGUAGUGAUGCUAGAGUUAGAAAGGUUGAAGUUAGGAUUGUUAGACAGGGCAUUCCCAAAGUGUAUGCAAGGCCAAUUUCUGAAGUAGUUUUACUUCUGUCCAAGGGUUAGUGGCAUAACAAAAAGUAUGCCAGGUGGGGAGUGUGCUGCCUUCGCAAUGUAUUUUACAUGCUUGGCACUCAGCAGGGUCUGUUCCUUUAAGACCCUCCAUUUUCUUGAAGCCUAGAGGCGGGCCUUCUCUCUAAAACAUAGGGCUAGCUCCGGCAUGUCUCAUUCAUUUCAGCUCCAGCCACCACAGUGACCAGAUCCACAGGACUUCUUAAAGCUAAUACAGACUGCAAAUCUGAUAAAUACCAAAGCCUGUGAGUAAGGAAUUGCUAGUUACCUUGUGUAGAGAGAUGCUCGGCAUUUGUAGAUAGAUAAUGUGUUUUCAGUGUGUAGUAAGUGAGCACAUGUUAGACUAUCUAUGUAUUAGCUAUGCAUAAUGUAAGGCACUUGAAUAGCCAUGCUUACAUUUGUCUUUCAUAUGUUUGUUUUACAGUUUUACCGCGCACUUUCAUUAUAUCUCAGUAAAGAUUACAUCAGUUAAGCAAACCAGCGUGUCUUUCCUUGAGAUUCGGUAUAAACUUGAUGUGAAGCUGUGUCCACGAGACAGCGGAGACAUUAUAACAAGAUUUAAGUAAAACAUAAUUUAAAAAAAAUGGUGAAAAUCCUGGUAUUAAAAAAAGUAAUAAAAAAAGUAUCAUUAAUAUAAAAAUCUAUAAAGGUAACCAUUUUUAUUUACAAAUGUAAAACCCAUCUUAACCCCUUAAGGACCAGGCCAAUUUUCACUGUAGGACCAGAGCUUUUUUUGCACAUCUGACCACUUUCACUUUAAAGGGGUAUUCCAGGCAAAAACUUUUUUUUUUAUAUAUCAACUGGCUCCGGAAAGUUAAACAGAUUUGUAAAUUAAAUCCGGAAAACAGCUCUUGUCCCAGAUCGGAUACUAACGUGGACUGCCUAACAUCGGAUACCGGUGAGCGCAUAACUUCUACUCUUAAAGCGCUUCUAUAAUCCUGUGCAUACAGACGGGCAGCCUAAAUAACGGGUCCGGUGCAGUUCGGACCAGCUGCUAUUAUCACUGGCAAUAUCUCUAGUCAGCGCCUGCCAGUGCAGACAAAUAUCGGCAUUUUAGUCCACAGACUUUCUAUUACAUCUUACUCUGCUGGAACUUUUAAUAUCUCUGCCUUCAGUGAAUACUGUAAUCCUGAUACACUUUCAUAUCAGAAGGACAAUAUUGCAUCAUUGUUCGAUAACAACUGACAUUCAUACUAAUUGCCAUUCAUCUUUAUUGAAAGAACAGUUUUGUGAUCUAUUACACUCACACCCUUACAGGGAACC